AUGACGGUCACCAUACUAAUCGUAGGCGCUGGCGCUGUGGGGGCAUUUUAUGCCAGUCGGCUCGCCCAAGUACACAAUGCCCAAGUGUCCGUCGUCUGUCGCUCGAAUUACGAGGCAGUCCAUGCCAAUGGCUUCUCUGUUACCUCUCCAAAAUACGGCUCUCACAAAUUUGUGCCCCACAGGACAUUUUCCAGUCCGAAGGAAGCCGCCGAUUCGAGGCUCAAUUGGGACUUCGUCGUGGUGAGCACGAAAGCUCUCGCCAAUGAUGACUCGGACAUCUUGAACGGCCUGGUAAAAGAUGGACGCACGGCUAUCGUUUUGAUUCAAAAUGGGCUAGGGGUGGAAGAGCCGUAUGCCAAACGAUUUCCAUCGACGCCGAUACUCAGCGCAGUUACAAUUGCCAGCGCGGCACAGACGUCUCCUGGCAUCAUCAAACACAAUCGUUGGACUCGAAUCAGCAUCGGCCCGUACCUCCCCGACCACGCGAAUACCGACGGCGGGAUGGGCAAGGCAGCUGUCGAGAGGAACAAGGAGUUCGUGAAGCUGCUCAGAGCAGGGGGUAUUCCGGACGCCGAGGAGUAUUCGCAUUCCAAGUUGCAGAUGGUAAGGUGGCACAAGAUUGCAAUCAACGCCUCUAUGAACCCCUCGGCGGUUUUAUCCGGAGGCUCGACGAACCAUGAAAUGUCAAUGGACGAGGAGAUGUACCUGCACUUGAAGGGCGUGAUGGACGAAGUGCUUGCUACAGCGGAGAAGAUACUGGGCAUGCCUUUGCCGGCGGAGUUCGCUUCCAGUGAAGCGAUACUCAGAAGCACACAGAAGAACACGAGUGGCAGUAAACCCAGCAUGCUCUUGGAUUGGGAGCGAGGCAAGAAGAUGGAGCUGGAAGUUAUCUUGGGCAAUCCUAUCAGAAUGGCGAGGGCAAAGGGUCUUGAAUUGCCAAGGCUGCAGACUUUGUAUGCACUACUUCGAAGUGCGGAACAGAAACGAGAGCAGCAGAAGCAAGUCAGUAAAAUAUAG